AUGGAACAAUAUCAGAGAUUAGAGAAGGUAGGAGAAGGGACAUAUGGAGUAGUUUAUAAAGCAAAAGAUCUUGAAAAUGGCACAAUAGUAGCACUUAAAAAAAUCCGGCUAGAAGCAGAAGAUGAAGGGGUUCCAAGCACAGCAAUCCGUGAAAUUUCUCUUUUGAAAGAGAUGCAUAAUGACAAUGUAGUAAGGCUUCUGAAUAUUGUUCAUCAGGAGUCACGUUUAUAUCUUGUUUUUGAGUUUCUUGAUUUAGAUUUGAAAAAAUAUAUGAACAGCAUUCCAAAAGACAUGAUGUUGGGUGCCGAAAUGAUCAAGAAGUUUAUGUCCCAGCUUGUAUCUGGAGUAAAGUACUGUCAUUCUCAUCGUAUUCUUCAUCGUGACUUAAAACCACAAAAUCUUCUUAUUGAUCGUGAAGGAAACCUUAAACUUGCAGAUUUUGGUCUUGCUCGUGCAUUUGGUGUUCCUCUUCGUGGGUACACACAUGAAGUUGUUACCCUUUGGUAUCGUGCUCCUGAAGUUCUUUUGGGUGGUCGACAAUAUGCAACCGCUCUUGAUAUAUGGAGUAUUGGAUGUAUUUUUGCUGAAAUGGCAACAAAAAAACCUCUUUUCCCGGGAGAUUCGGAAAUUGAUGAAAUAUUUAGAAUAUUUAGAAUAUUAGGGACCCCUGAUGAGAAUUCUUGGCCUGGUAUUACAUCUUAUCCAGAUUUUAAAGCAACGUUUCCUAAAUGGUCACCAAAAAAUCUUUCAGAAUUAAUUACAGAACUUGAUAGUGAUGGAAUAGAUUUAUUACAAAAAUGUCUUCGAUAUUAUCCUUCAGAGCGUAUAAGUGCAAAAAGGGCUCUCGAUCAUCCAUAUUUUAAUGAUUUUGUUCAUGUCAAUAAAUCUAAUCUGGUGUUGUAG